AUGGCGCCACCAACCACAAUUCGCGGCAGAGACCAGGCGCUGGCUCCACUGGCCACACCCGACUCCCACACUCACUGCCACCUGAAAGAGCUCGUGCAGUGGGAGUGCCAGUUCAAGGGAGCAGACUACAUCUGCUCGCCCUUCAAACGGCUCUUUGAGCAUUGCACGGCACCCGGUAAAGCGGCCACCAACUACGAGGUCACCGAUACAUACACCAACAGCUAG